AUGUAAUUAAUCUUUGAUAACACUUAGAUACAUAAGAGCCCUGAAUAAGUAUUUAUGAUUAAUUGAUUAGUUAAGAAGGGAAAAAUUAGAUAUUAAAAUAAAGACAAUUAAAGCAGAUUUAGCACCAGGAGUUGUGAAAUAUAUGAUGAAGACUAAAAAUAAUGAGAAAUUAUAAACUCCUCUUCACAAUGUUGAAUAUCAUCAUCCAUAGACUUCUAAACCUUAAUUUAAUUAUUUAAGAACUUUCUAAAAGAUGGAUUUGGAGCCUCCAGUUUAAUUGGAUGAAAUAAGAGAAGAAAAGUGGAGUAUUUUAUCAAAAAAUUGUAAGAACAUUUUAGAGAAAUCCAGAAUUAGUUUGGGAAAACCAAAUGAAUCUCAUUUUUUUAGACGGAAUUCAAAUGAUAGAGUUCCUAGUCCUCAAAAAUAAACAAAAAAUAAUAAUAAAUUUUUAACACGAAGAUAAUCAAUAGAUUUAAGAAUAGAAGAUAUUAAAUCUCCUUAAUAAUCCCCUAUAGAGUAAAAGGAUGUUUCUCCAAAUCCUUUAGGAAUGAAAAUGGAUCCCUUCUAUGUUAGAUUUAAGAAAUACUAUAAAAAAAUUGGAAUUAAUUAAGAUGAACAACCUAAACAUCAAAAGAACAAAUUUUAAAAACUUCAAAAAAAUUCUUAUUCUCAAGAUAAGAUUUACAAAAUCAAUUCUCCUUAAAGAUAAAAUUAAAGUUAUAUAUUUUUUCCCUCUAUUUAAUGUUCUCCAUAAACAACUCAAAAAUGUGGUUUUUAGAAAAAGAAAACCCAAUAACAGUAUUUGUAGGAUAUCCUCGCUUUGUGUAACAUGGCUUAGAAUUUUUAAGCAGAGAUGAAAAAAGAUGAAUCUUAAAAUUAUUGUGAAUUAAAUUAAAAGGUAGAAUAUAUAAGAUCAGAAUUCAAUAAAUAUCAUAGUAUGAUAAACAAUGAUUAGGAUUCCACAGAUAAUAUUGAAAUUAAAUGA